GAAAAAUACGUUUGGGAAAAGAGGGCAUAACCGUCAGACCACACUCCAGCCCAGUAGGUGGCGUUAAUGAACCAAAAUAUUGGUUUAUUAACCGCCAUUAAACAGAGAAGAACAAGAAGAAGCUUUAAGAAACAUGCGAAUGGCGUCAUUCGGUGCCGAGAAUUAGUGCAUUAAGUUAAACAAACGGUGUAGCCCAACUGAAGUAAAGUCAGCAUUAAUAAGGGAGCUGCACGUCUGCUGUACUUUUGAGCCGCAGUAUGAUGCAGGCAGGAGUCUGUCUGAGACAGGACACUGAGACAACACUACCAGAGCUUACUGAGCAGGACAGGACCAGACAGAAUUAAGAGGAACUCGGUGGACUGGAGCCUGUCCACAUGGCAGAGUCAGAGACAGAGUGUGCUGCACCUGGACUCAACACACUGGAGCCAGAGUGUGUUACCGCACACAGUGGGGUCAGUGAUGUACACCACACACACACAUCACUUACUAAAACAGAAACUGAUUUGGGCUCCACCCACACUGGGGAUCUUAAGACCGAGAGCCUUGACAGUACAGAGCUGGGAUGUGUAACCCAUCUGCAUCCUGACCAAAUCAAAACUGAGGCUGAUGAUGGAGGAUACCUUAAGACAGAACAUAUCAGUGACUUGAAUGAUUUAAAAUGUGUUCAUAUUAAAUUUGAUAAGAUUGAAUCCAGUGAAAUUUUAGUGAGUGAUCUCAUGAAUACUGUGAUGAAUGGGACUGGAGUUGGUCACAAAGGCCAGACUGAAUCAGGGCAAUGUGCAGGACAGCCAAGCCCAAACUGUAAAAAAGAGGAACCUUACGGCCUACUGACCCAUUGUGGAGACUUAAAUGAUCACUGUGACAUGAACAGUGAAAAUAAUCUGACCAGAAUUGUCCAGAAAAGUGCAAAUAGUAGCAACAAACAUGUAAACUGUCAGAGAACAAAUGUGAUCAUUGAACCCAUGAUAAUUCAAUCAAGUAAAACACAAAGCCUUUUGAAAAUCUUUCAAAAAAAGGCUGUGCAUACAAAUGCAGGUCAAAAGCCAUACAAAUGUACACAAUGUGAGAAGUGUUUUACUACAAAAUAUUAUUUAAGUGUACACCAGAGUAUUCAUACAGGUGAGAAGCCAUACAAAUGUACACAAUGUGAGAAGUGUUUUACUACAAAAUAUUAUUUAAGUGUACACCAGAGAAUUCAUACAGGUGAGAUGCCUUACCAGUGUGUACAUUGUGGGAAGUGCUUUCCUGCAAAGUUUCUAUUAAAAUCCCACUGGACAAUUCAUACAGGCGAGAAGCCUUACAAGUGUACACAAUGUGAGAAGUGUUUUAGUAAAAAAUCUUAUUUAAGUGUACACCAGAGAAGUCAUACAGGCGAGAAGCCUUACCAGUGUGUACAUUGUGGGAAAUGCUUUUCCAAACAGUAUUUAUUAAAAUGCCACUGGACAAUUCAUACAGGUGAGAAGCCUUACAAAUGUACACAAUGUGAGAAGUGUUUUAGUACAAAAUCUUAUUUAAGUGUACACCUGAGAAUUCAUACGGGUGAGAAGCCUUACAAAUGUACACAAUGUGAGAAGUGUUUUAAAUCAAAAUCUGAUUUAAAUGUACACCAGAGAAGUCAUACAGGUGAGAAGCCAUACAAAUGUACACAAUGUGAGAAGUGUUUUAAAUCAAAAUAUGAUUUAAAUGUACACCAGAGAAGUCAUACAGAUGAGAAGCCUUACAAAUGUACACAAUGUGAGAAGUGUUUUAAAAGAAAAGCUUAUUUAAAUACACACUUGACAGUUCAUACAGGUGAAAAGCCCUACAAAUGUACUCUUUGUGAGAAGUGUUUUGCAAGUAAGUGUCAUUUACAUAGACACCUGAGAUUUCACAAAGAUAAAAAGGCAUACAAGUGUACACAGUGUGGGAAGGGUUUUUCUGGAAAGUCUCAUUUGAAUAUACACCAGAGAAUUCAUACUGGUGAAGAGCCUUACAAUUGUACACAGUGUGGGAAGGGCUUUUCUGUGCUAUCUAAUUUAAAUGCCCACAAAAGAAUUCAUACCGUUGAAAAGCCCUACGAAUGCAUUUCUUGUGGGAAGUGCUUUUCCAAAAUAUCUCAUUUAAAUCAACACCUGAGAAUUCAUACAGGUGAGAAGCCUCACAAGUGUACACAGUGCGGGAAGGGCUUUUCCACAAUAUCUCAUUUAAAUCAACACCUGAGAAUUCAUACAGGUGAGAGGCCUCACAAGUGUACACAGUGUGGGAAGGGCUUUUCCAAAAUAUCUCAUUUAAAUCAACACCUGAGAAUUCAUACAGGUGAGAGGCCUCACAAGUGUACACAGUGCGGGAAGGGCUUUUCCCAAACAGCUCAUUUAAAUCGACACCUGAGAAUUCAUACAGGUGAGAAGCCUCACAAGUGUACACAGUGUGGGAAGGGCUUUUCCACAAUAUCUCAUUUAAAUCAACACCUGAGAAUUCUACCAUUAUCCCCGUCCCCAAAAAAACAAGGACCGCAGGACUCAAUGACUACAGACCCGUCGCCCUGA